UUGUUCUUCAUACGUUUCAUUCUGAGUCUGAAGUAUCCCAACCCAAACUAACAGAAAAUUGUACUACCUUCUCGCUCGCGUUGUUACCAUACACCCCCCCACCCACAUCGCACUCUCCAAAACAAAAACAAAACCCUAUUUUUCUAAUUUUCACUCUCCACACUCUCUUUCUCUCUUCUUCUUUAUAUCUCCAAAAAAAAAAAAACUAACCUCAUUCACCGCACUCUCCAUAAUUCAUUUACACUUCGCUUCUUCAUCUUCUUUUCUCGCUUUCUGAAACGCAUUCUUUCUCACGUUUGACGGUUAUCGAAACGGUUGCGUUUCUCAAUCCUUUUCAAUCAAUCACUUUUAAAACUCUAGGGUUAUUAUUUUUCUCCCCUUUUCUUUUUUAAUUCUCUUUCGCUUUCCAAUUCCCCAAAAUUCACUCUCUCUCUGGAACCCUAGGUUUUUUUGGAGACUAGUUUUUUUUAUUACACGUGCGCAUACUUCUAGGGUUUCUGUUUUCGAGACGUAUUUUUCGCCCUUUUUAGGGCGAUAUCAUCCUUCGUUAAUUUGGUUGCUUAAUUCUUGAAUGGUUUUGCGAAUCGAUUGUUGUUAAGAGUUUCGCCAUUGAUUCUGUACUCGUGCUAUUUUUAGUGCGGGGAUCGAUUUUCUUUUCAAUACUUUUUUGAAAAGAGAUUAUGCUUCUUUGAGUUUGCAAGGUUUUGUUUGAAUCCAUCUUUGUGAUUGAAGAUGGAAGCGUAGAGAGGGUUUUCCUUUACGGCAUUGUCUUGUGUUUCAAGUUUGUGGUUUGUUAAGGGGACAAUUUUAGUUCAGCAUUGUUCGGGUCGUUGCGACCUUGAAUCUUUGAUUAGUUUUAGAGUAACCGGUUUUAAUUUGGAACAGUUUGGUGUUUAGGUUUUCCUGAAAAGUGGAUAAUGAAGGGGUGAUAAUUUGAAUCAGCAGUUUAGUAUUGAGAGUAUAACAGUGUUGUUCUAGGGGUGGGGUUGGUGAAGGUGUUUUUUUGUUCGUUAACUCUGAUCAUGUUCAGUGUUCAUUAUGGAAAAAAGUGAACCUGCUUUAGUUCCACAAUGGUUGAGAAGUGCUGGAAGUGUUGCUGGUGGGGCUAGUAAUUCAACUCACCAUUUUGCAUCUUCAUCUACUCACACUGGUAACGAUGCUCCUAAUGUAACCCAUAACACAAGGAGUAGAUCUUCUAAGACAUCUGGUGAUUUUGAUAGUCCUCGUUCCGUGUUUCUUGAACGGACAUUUUCGUCAAAUUCUCGGAGGGGUUCUAUCAAUGGCUCUGCAAAACAUGCCUAUAGUAGUUUCAACAGAAAUCAUCGUGAUAAGGACCGUGAUAGAGAUAAAGAUAGAUCCAAUUUUGUAGACCAUUGGGAUCGUAAUUGUUCUGAACCAUUAGCUGACCUCUUCUCUGGAAGGAUAGAGAGGGAUACUUUGCGGCGUUCUCAUUCAUUGGUAUCCAGGAAGCAGAGUGAUCUUGUGACUCACAGAGGGGCAGUAGAUACAAGAUCCGGUGGGAACUGCAACCAGAGUAACGGCAAUGAUGUACUUUCUGGGGGUAGUAUUAGUAGCAGCCUUCACAAAUCUGUUUUUGAUAAGGAUUUUCCAUCUCUUGGAGGAGAUGAAAGGCUGGGGACAACUGAAAUAGGCAGAGUCUCGUCUCCUGGUUUGGGUGCUAGUGCUAGUCAAUCUCUACCAGUUGGCAGUUCACCUUUGAUUGGCGGGGAGGGAUGGACUUCUGCACUAGCAGAAGUACCUUCUAUAAUUGGAAGCAGUAGUACCGGGUCUCUAACAGCACAACAAACUGUUACUCCAACCUCUGGGUCUGUACUUUCAAGUACAUCAGCUGGUCUCAACAUGGCUGAAGCUUUAGUGCAGACUCCAUCUCGAGUUCAGACAACUCCUCAGGUUUCGGUCAACACCCAGAGGCUUGAGGAACUUGCUAUUAAGCAGUCAAGACAGUUGAUUCCAGUAACACCAUCAAUGCCUAAGGCUUUGGUUAAUAAUUCUUCUGACAAAUCAAAGCCAAAGACAACACUCAGAAAUGCUGAGAUGAAUAUGGCUGCCAAGAGUGUGCCGCAACAACCCUCUGCUAUGCAUAUUGUUCAUCAUUCUGUCCGCAAUGGAAAUGCCAAAGGUGAUGCUCCAAAGACAUCUGGAAAGUUUACUGAUCUUAAAUCUGUGGUUUGGGAAAACGGUGUUUCUCCUACGGCGAAGGAAGCUUCAACUCCAACAAGUUAUUCUAAUAGCAGACCUGGAAAUCAUGUGGCUGUUGCUUCAGCUGUUGCUUCUGCACCUUUGAGGAAUCCCAAUAAUGUUAAAACCACUGCAGAGCGUAAGCCAGCUUCUUUGGAUCUGAAAGUAGGUUCUACUACGGAUAAGAAACAUUCUUCUUCUCAAGCACAGAGCCGGCAUGAUUUCUUCAAUCUCAUCAAGAAGAAAACUCAGAUGAACUCCUCAGUUCUUCCAGAUUCUAGCCCCGUGGUUUCACCUGCCACGACAGACAAAUCUGGUGAAGUGAAUAUGGAGACAGUUGAACCACCGGCAAGCCCUCAAGAUCUUGGAAAUCGUGCUGAAGUGACUAGGAAUGGUAAUGCCCAUGUGGAGAUUCACAGACUUCCCGAGAUUGAUGUGAGGAAAUAUUCAUCUCCUGACGAAGAAGAAGCUGCAUUUCUUCGUUCUCUUGGCUGGGAGGAGGAGGAUUCUGGUGAGGAGGAUGAAGGCCUCACAGAAGAGGAGAUCAAUGCAUUCUAUCAGGAGUGCUUGAAACUGGGCACCACCACAUUAAAGCUAUGCCCAGGCAUGCAGCCAAAGUUGUCCAAAUUUUUUGAAUCUUAUGCCACUAACUUGAAUGGAGCUUCUGCUGGAUCGAGUUCUUCUGACUCCGGAUCUGAAGCUUGAUGUUCGGUUGUAUCAUGGAUAGAUCCAAGUUGAACAUUUUUUUUAUGGCAGAUGGCUAGUAUCAUUCUUCUCUUUUGUUUUUAAAGAAGGCUGGUGAUUUGGGAAGGAAAAAAGAGGGUGGGUUUUGUUUGGAACCAUGCAUUUGCAAAUAUUGCAAUAAGUUACAGGUGCCUCAAACCUGCCUGCUUUACAGGUGUUUUUUUUUGUUCUGAGGCUGGGUAAAAGCAAUAGGUUGGUUGGGUAGGGAUAGUAGCGUAGGGGUUAUUUUGCCUGCAGGAAGGCGGGCAAUUGCAUCUUUUGGGGUAUUUUCAUACAUUUUUCUUUCAAGAGGGUUUGAUUCUAAAUGAUAAAGUUUAUGGCGUUUUUUUGGUAAAUUUACAAACAAAAAAAAAGGAAAUUAAAAGUUUACUUAUGAGUAAAAGUUUACUUAUAAAGUUUAUGACGUUAUUUUGGUAAAUUUUAGUGUUGAUACAUUUUGUUUGCUGUCAUCGGUUCACCUUAUGAUUGCCCUUUCCGGAGCACUGUAAAACUUUAUUUAACUGAAAA